UUAUAAUUAUGUGUUACAUUGCGACUGUUGUGUUCUAACACUGAGUUUCUGAUUAAAUUCUUCAUCACAGUAAGUUUCUAAAAUCCACUUGGGGUUGGACCUGGAUCUUCACAGGUUCAUUCAUCUUCCUCUACUCCCUCUCAGCCCAUCACCCCCUAUCUCUGUCCCUCCACCACCUCUCAGACAGAAGUCGUGGGGUGCCUCUGGUGGGGGUGUCAGCGCCUAAUGACCCUGCUGGAGGAUACAGCAGGGACCUGUUAUGAACCAAUGACCGUUAGACAGGACACCCCGAGAUUUGCCUCCCAAGGACUGCCACUGCUGCUCCUGCGUGAAGACCAGACCAAGGCCUCCUGCCUCAAAGCCAACAUGGCGUGGAGAGCCUACAAAGUAUCCGAGGACAUCCUCAUCCUCUGCUCGUGUUGCCUGCUGCUGGUGGAGGAAUUGUCUGUCUUUGGCCCUCACAUUGUCCAAGCAAAACACCUGCAGAGAUUCCCAGGAGCCCCAUUCAGAUUAAUCUUCCUCCUGUGUGUAGUUCUACUUGUUAUGUGGAUGUUCCUGCUCCUGUGUUUGCUCACACACUUCACCAAGUUCCCCUCCCAGCAGCUGGGAGGAGCUCUGGGCUACCUGGGGUGGAAAGGACUUUAUCAGGGAUGGUUCAACUCAAACUGAGCUGGGGCUGUCUUGGUAUGCCAGGAGACAGACUUUUUACCUCAACAGACACUGACAAACA